AUGUCAAAAUCAUAUUCAGGCGCGGAGGUCGUCGCAAAAGCGUUGAAAGAACAAGGAGUUGACGUGGUUUUUGGAAUAGUUGGUAUUCCUGUUGUUGAGGUUGCUGAGGCAAUAAUUGCUGAAGGAAUAAAAUUUAUUGGUUUCAGAAAUGAACAGUCGUUGAGUUAUGCAGCAGGAGCCUAUGGAUUUCUUACUGGCCGACCUGGCGUCUGCUUGGUUGUAUCGGGUCCAGGAGUAGUACAUGCGAUGGCGGGUAUAGUAAAUGCUCAAGCCAACUGUUGGCCAUUACUGUUAAUUGGCGGAUCUUCAGAUACAUAUCAAAAAGGAAUGGGUGCAUUUCAAGAGUUAGACCAAGUGGCCUUUUGUCAGCCGCAUACAAAAUAUUCUGCAAGACCAUCUUCUAUUUCCCAGAUUCCAAAUGCGAUAGAUAAGGCAAUUAAAACUUCUAUAUAUGGUCGACCCGGUCCUGUUUACGUUGAUCUUCCAGCAAACUUUAUUCAAGGGAAAUUGCCUCAAGAAUCAUUAAAUAUUCCAAAGCGUGCAGCAGACUUCCCUAAAUCUCUUGCUGACACAACAAGUGUGAAAGAAGCAGCUGAAUUGAUACAAAAUGCUAAAAGCCCAUUGGUGAUUAUCGGAAAAGGUGCAUCAUAUGCACGAGCCGAAAAAGAAAUUCGUGAAUUUAUUGAAAGAACUGGUAUUCCUUUCCUUCCAACUCCAAUGGGCAAAGGAGUGGUUUCAGAUACUCACCCGCUAUGUGUUUCGGCAGCGCGAUCUAAAGCUAUAGCUGACGCAGAUGUUGUGCUGCUUUUGGGUGCAAGGCUUAACUGGAUAUUGCAUUUUGGACUUCCACCAAAAUUCAAUGACGAUGUAAAGUUCAUUCAAGUUGACAUAUAUCCAGAAGAGCAUUUUAAUAAUUCGCAAAUACGUAUAGCUUUAUUGGGUCAUUUGCCUCUCAUUGUUUCCCAACUGCUUUCUUGUUUUUCGUCAUCUUUCAAAUAUCCUUUGACCUCAAAUUACCUUCAAUCUUUGAAGCAAAAAAUAGAGGCGAAUAGAUUACCUUCAAAAGAUGUAGUUUUUGUCAGUGAGGGAGCAAAUACUAUGGAUAUUGCAAGAUCGAUUUUUGACGUACACGAACCACGAUGUACCUUGGCAACUAUGGGAGUGGGACUUGGAUUUGCUAUUGCCGCCAAAGUGUAUUAUCCAAAUAAGCGUGUUGUCGGCAUUGUAGGUGAUUCUGCAUUUGGAUUUAGUGCCAUGGAAAUUGAAACGGCAGUACGAGCAAACUUGCCGCUAACUAUUAUUAUAAUUAAUAAUAAUGGUAUAUAUCAUGGUCUUGACUCAAAAGAUUAUAACAAUACGCUAUUGAACAAUUUGCCUUCGACGGCAUUGUUACCUGACGUUAGAUACGACUUAAUUGCUGAUGCUACAGGAGGCAAGGGUUAUUUCGUAAGAACGCCCAAGGAAUUAGGCGAUGCUCUUGAUGAUGCAUUAAGAGAAGAAAAUAAGUGUGUAGUUAUCAAUGUUAUGAUACAACCAGGAGGCAGAAAGAAGUUGGAAUUUGCUUGGAUGGAAACAACUAAGCCUAAAUUAUAA